CCCGGUUUGAGUAAAGGGGCGGAGAGCCGAGCUUACGUCCGAGCGUCCUUAGAGGCAUGAUACAAAGUAUAUAAGUAAGAAAUGUGAACAGGUUCUUUGAAAUCAUGGUAUUAGCACUGGCGAGGGGUUCGAUUUCCAUAGCUUAUCUAUAUACACUGGCACCAUGGCUCCCAACAGCAAGAAGCCUCAUGUCCUGAUCGUCGGCGCCGGGUUAGCUGGGCUCUCACUUGCGCAGUGCUUGCGAAAACAGGGCGUCUCAUUUGAGAUUUUUGACAGUGACAAAGACCUCGUCACCCGUCAUGGCUAUGCCAUUGGCGUGCACUCCAUUACCGAAGACUUAACAACGGCCUUUCCCUCGGAUAUGCCACCUUUACGCGAGUCUGCAGAUCACUUAUUGCCCCUGAAACUGGAACCUCAGAUACGUUUCUAUGGCCGAGAAGGGCAAGCCGUCGGUGUCCAAAAUACACCCGAGACACCAUGUCUACGACUGAAUCGCUUACUCUUUCGUAAAUGGCUCGCCACUAGUAUUCCAGUCCAGUUUGGGAAGAAGCUGCGAAGCGUCAAAGAGGAGGCAGAUGGGGUAAUCGUACACUUUGAGGAUGGGACCAGCGCUUCAGGUGAUAUGUUAGUAGGUGCUGAUGGAGUGAACAGUAAAGUACGAGAGUAUAUGCUUGGGCGACCUAACUCGGAAGUUCUCAACCCAAUUAAAGUGGCUUGUGUCUGGGGAGAGGCGACACUCUCAGGCGAAGCGAUGGAGCACCAGCUGUCUUUAGGUCACAGCGCCUAUGGCAUGAUCUCCAAGGAUUUCAAUUUCGUCAUGUUCGUUGGUUUGAACAAGGUCAAUGAAGACUUUUCUGGGGAUUACUACUGGUAUGUUUGCUGGGACGAUGAGGCUGCUCAUCAACCAGACCACUGGCUUCAGCAAACCUCAAAUUCGGCAAAACUUGACUACGUGCUCAAAAUAACUGAAGCACUCGAUCCCAAGUUUCGAGAGAUCUUAUUGUUAACAUCGGCUGAAGGGGUAGUGUCAGGAAUGCCAAUAUUUCGUGACGCGGUCAUUCCGUCACUCCCUAGCACGGGGAGGGUAGCAGUGGUUGGUGAUGCCGCUCAUCCCAUGACUCCAUUUCGAGGCGAGGGAGGAAUGCACGCAAUCCGUGAUGCGCUCAAUCUUGGCAAAGUGAUCGAAGGCUUUGGAGACAGCUACCCUAACGGAGCUCAGAGUGCUCUGGAAUCUUACCAUCAGGAGAUAUUGGAGCGCGGUGGCCGAGCUGUCCUAUUGUCAAGGAAUGCUUUCGCGAAUAAUCAGGAAAAGGACACUAUCAUCAUGGCUUGGGGAAGUGAGGCCACUCCCAUUCCUGAAGAGAGAAUCGUGUUGGAUCACUACAAGCCUUGAGUUUGGGUUGAAUUUUAAAGAAAGUAAUGAUGAAAUCGGAACCAGGGCCCUGUUCAAUUUGGGUGCGUAGCUUCUUUUCUGUACAUCUACCUAUUGUUAAGUCUCUAGUGUUAGCUCGAUACAGAGUCAAGAUUUCGGUUGCAGAAGUA